AUAAUCUAAAUGAAAAAAAAAGUCAGUUUGAAAUAUAUAUUUUUUAGUCUGGUUCUUUGCACGAGCAUACGGACCUGCGACCUGCGUUUCGCGAAUUUCGCAAUGGCCGCUCAGUCCAGUAAAGUCAGUUUGGAGGGUUUGGAGUGAGUGACAGGCGACAGGUUUACAUUCUCACCCUAUAAAGCGUGAAAUAAUGUGUAAUUUCGAUUGAUAAAAAAGGAAAGCGUCAUGAUUAAGGAAAUGGCGAACGACGAGGCCGUUCAGGCAACAAACGAUGAUGCCAGUGAUAGUAAAAGGUACGCGGUUCAGUGCGGAUAUUGGUCGGAUCCAUUUAUAAACUUUUUCGUCAAGCAAACUAACAAGAAAACUCCAGAAAUUAAUCGCGGAUAUUAUGCGAGAGUCAAAGGAAUCGAAGUGUUUGUCGACAAAUUUCUCAAGUUGUCUGGAGGAAAAGGUCAGAUUAUAAACCUCGGGGCUGGCUUUGACACACUUUAUUGGAGACUCAAAGAUGCUGGAAACAGUCCAGCGAAUUUCAUAGAGCUAGACUUUCCCAAUAUCACCGCGAAAAAAUGUUACCACAUCAAGAAGCAAAAGCAACUGAUAGAUAGGCUCAAUACCGAAGACGGAGAAAUUAGAUUUUCGACGACAGAUUUGCAUGCCGCAAAUUAUCAUUUAGUAGGGACGGAUCUGCGUCACACCACGGAUUUGGCGAACAAAUUGGCGCAAGCUGAAGUAAAUUUUAAUCUGCCUACCUUGUUCCUGGCCGAGUGUGUUCUGGUUUACGUAGAUACGACUGCAGCUUCGUCUCUCCUAAAAUGGCUUGCUGGAAAGUUCCCGAACAGCCUUUUUAUCAACUAUGAGCAAGUGAACAUGCGAGAUAAAUUCGGACAAGUUAUGCUCUCCAAUUUGCGAAGUCGAGGAUGUCUUUUGGCUGGAGUUGAGGAUUGCGAGUCGCUAGAAACUCAACAAAGACGCUUUUCAGUGAACGGCUGGGAAGGAUCAAACGCGUGGACGAUGGUAGAAGUCUACGAUUCCCUCCCCGAGAGCGAAAGAAUUCGCAUUGAACGUAUCGAGAUGCUGGACGAAAGAGAACUUCUGACUCAACUUUUGCAGCAUUAUUGUAUCGCAAUAGCUUGGAAUGGAUCGAUGUUUAAAAAUCUCUCGAUAGCUCAGGGUUAGUCCUACCCAACCUUAUCAGUUACUCCAGGUAGCGACGUUAUUUCUUUAUUAUCGAGGCUCAGAACGGAGUCAGCGUAAAACGCAAAAUUUUUUCUUUUUUCUGUUUUUUCUUUUUUCUACUGAGCCAGCUCUGAAGUAGCUCGGCUUGUUGCGUCCUUUCAUUAAAAAAAAUCGUAAAGUGCAGUACAGACUGAUUUAAUAUUUAUUAUUUAAGUCCAACAUUUAAGAAAUGGAGGGAAUUUAAAAGCAGACACCAUAGAAAUAGGAGGACUGGUUAAAUUAAUUUAAUCAAUUAUUGUAUCUGUGAAUACAUACUCGCUUCUCUCACUUCCUUUUGAGAAAGUAAACAUAAUUCGAAAUUCAAGUCGGAAAACUCAAAUUGAAUGCGAAAAAUAUAUGAAAAAAUAUAUUUUUUAGAUAUUGCAAGUUCCCCAUAGACUUCUGAAUUUCAAGCGUUGCACAAUCGUUCGAGUUCUCUUAAAACUAUGAAGAUAUUUCGUAGUAAAUUAAAAAAAAAGCUUCUGAUUAAAAGCUUUAUACAAAAUGAUCUUGAUUCUGGUGGAAUACUUACUGUGAUUGUUUUCAACUUUAAAGUGCUAUUCUGAAUUUGAGCCAGCAGCUCAAGGUUCAAAAUCACAUAGUUUUACAUAGUUACGAUAACUAGAAUUGAUUUGUAAUCUAGAUUUUGGAUAUUUAAUCCUGUCUUUAAGACAGUUACUUCGAGAAAUUAUUACAUUUAACUUAAAAAGGGAUA